GGUGCUUCCGGUUUCCGGCCGUGGGGGGAAGGGGCGGGGCCAGGGCUGCGGUGGGAUCGUUUGGUGGCGGCGGCAGCGGCGCGUGUGCGUUGGCUGUGGGAAGCUCGGAAACAAGCUCGCAUCUUACUGUUGGAAACCUUCUAGCAACACGAUGAGUCUGCAGUGGACUGCAGUUGCCACCUUCCUCUAUGCGGAGGUCUUUGCUGUGCUGCUUCUCUGCAUUCCCUUCAUUUCUCCCAAAAGAUGGCAGAAGAUUUUCAAGUCCCGCCUGGUGGAGUUGGUAGUUACUUAUGGCAACACCUUCUUUGUAGUCCUCAUUGUCAUCCUUGUGCUGCUGGUCAUUGACGCCGUGCGCGAGAUCCGGAAGUACGACGGCGUGACGGAGAAGGCGAACCUGCACAACAGCCCCGGCGCCCUGGAGCACUUCCACAUGAAGCUUUUCCGCGCGCAGCGGAACCUCUACAUCGCCGGCUUCUCCUUGCUGCUGUCCUUGUGAGUGACGGCGGCGCC